AUUAUUUCUUGUACAAUGGGGAUGACCCAUAAUAAUCCCUUCUCGAUGCCGACCUUGUUCGAAGCUUUGCAACGUCUCCGUCUCUCAGAAGAAGAAACCUCUGGCUCCAUUCCUCCUCCUCCUCCUCCUGCUUUCACCCCACGCGCCACCGUAGAUAACGCGCGUUUAAUCAAACUAUUCAACCUAAUGACUAGGAAGGAAUGUGUGUCCCAGUUUAAAGAGAUUUUCUCAAAGGCAGCUGACCCAGAUGCUCUUCUGAAGAUAGUCUCGUUGCUGACUUCAGACUCCGAUUACUUCAUGGAGGUUGUCCGAAACAAGUACGGUUCGAAACGCGUCCAGAAGCUCCUAGGAAUAUCAGAUGACGUGGAUGCGCUCUUCUACGCCGCUAUCUUGCACCGGUUUUACGACAUCAUGACCGAUAAGUAUGCAUCCUACGUGGCCAUUCGAGCCAUGCUGGUUUUCGACACGAUGGAGAAAUUUAGAAUGUACGAUCACGUUCUUUACUACGCGCUCGACAUAGCGCGUGAUCAUUACGGCUGCAUCGCGCUCAACGAGGUUAUAACCGAUGUGGGUGAUGCUUUGUACAGAAAGCUUCUACUAGACUUAGUUGCAUGCAACGCUCUCUUCCUAAGCAACGAUCCUUCAGGCAACUUCGUGGUUCAACACGUGCUUACGCUGUAUGACUCGCGUUGCACGAGUAACGUAGCGGUUAGUCUUCUUGGUCAUUGCGUUGAUCUGUCGUUUCAGAAGUAUGGAAGUUACAUUGUAGAGAAGCUCCUGGAGGCGGAGGAGUCGAUAGCUGUGGUGGUUGUGGAGCUUUUGGAGUGCGAAGGAGGCAGAUUGUCGAAGCUGGCGAGGAAUGAGUUUGGAAGUUUCGUGGUGGUCAAGGCACUGAAAGUCACGCAUGCGAUGAAUAGGUUCGAUCUGCUUGGAGAUUUGGUGCAGAAGCUGAUGCCUCUUCGCCACCUUUUGGUUACGUUCCACGGAAGCAACAUUGCAAAGAUCUUGGAGUUUUAUGGUUUAUUGCUGUAAUCUUGUUGAAAGAACUUUUUUUUUAAACCAUUGUUAAAGAAGUUUAUCAUUCAUGUUUUAUAUAAGGAACCAAAUUUGAUUUUAUAUUGCCAUUAAUCGUGGGCUCC